UCUCGACAUCAGAAUCCAUAAACAAACGCUCGCACGAGGUUUGUUCGUCAAAAACAAAAUCAGUGAUUUUUUGCGCAGUUCUUUUAUUUUAAUCGCAAAUAUCUUCAUUUUUAUGGAAGGAUUAUAACCGAUUUUUGUGAAAUAACUUGAAGGAAAAUUCCGAGAUGGGAAAACUAAACGUGACCGUCCUACGGUACCUGAGCAAGGAAGAUUUUCGUAUUCUCACUGCCAUUGAAAUGGGUAUGAAAAACCACGAGUUGGUACCAGGGGCACUGGUUGCGGCCAUUGCCAGCUUGAAAGCCGGAGGUGUGCACAAAUUGCUGCGUGAAUUGUGCAAACACAAGUUGCUUUCGUACGAACGUGGAAAGAGAUAUGACGGUUAUCGUCUGACGAACACCGGAUACGAUUAUCUGGCACUCAAGUCGCUGACGCUGAGAGGAUCGGUAUCCGGUUUCGGGAAUCAAAUUGGAGUGGGAAAGGAAUCCAACAUCUACACGGUGGUCAACGAGGAAGGAAAGCCGCUUUGUUUGAAGCUUCACCGUUUGGGGCGGAUAUGUUUCCGGAAUGUGAAGGAGAAGCGAGAUUAUCACGGCAAGCGCCACAAGAUGAGUUGGCUGUAUUUGUCGCGCAUUUCGGCUACGAGAGAGUUCGCCUACAUGAAGGCACUGUAUGAUCGAGGGUUUCCCGUCCCGGAACCGAUCGAUUUCAAUCGACAUUGCGUGAUUAUGGAACUGGUUGACGGGUAUCCGUUGACGAACAUAUGCGAAGUGGGUAACGUGGAAGCGCUUUAUGAUGAUUUGAUGAAUUUGAUUGUGCGGCUGGGCAACUGUGGCGUAAUUCAUGGGGAUUUCAACGAGUUUAACGUUAUGAUAACGGAGGACCAAAAGCCAGUGUUGAUUGAUUUCCCGCAGAUGGUGUCGACUUCACACCCGAACGCUGAAAUGUAUUUCGAUCGGGAUGUGCAAGGAGUUAGAGAAUUGUUUCGUAAAAAGUUUGGAUACGAGAGCGAAGAAUUCCCGAAAUUUACGGAUUUGGAACGGGAGGAUGAACUAGAUAAGGAGGUGUUGUGUUCUGGAUAUGGCUUUACCAAAGAAAUGGAGGAGGACAUUCUGAAAGAAUAUCAUCAGGAUAGUGGAGCAGAUGAUAGUGAUGAAGCCAGCGAUGAUGAUUAUCAGGACAGCGUAACAGGGGAUUUGGAUGAGAAGGAAAUCGAAGAAUGUAGGAAGAAGCUUGAAGAUGAAAUCAAGUUCUCGGAGGAGAAGCCAGCAUCCAAACAAGAGGACAAGAAUUCAAGUAUUCUGAAAUAUAUUGCCUCUAUGUCAGCUGAAGAAAUGGAUAAGCCUUUCAAUGAUGAUGAGGAAGAGAUUUUCAAGGAUGCACUCCAAGAUAAUUUGGCAUCUUCCCCAGUACCUAUUUCAGCAAUAGAAUCAAUUCUUCCGCACCCAGAACAAACGCACGAAAAUCUUGCAAACAAUGACGCCGAUGAUGGCGCAUCUAUCAGUUCGGACGAACUGAUCACUAACGAGCAGGAUGACAAGUUGGCCGAGCUUGAUCCCAACUCUCGUGAAUAUCGUAUGAUAAUGGUUCGAAAAUUGCUGGACGAUGCGAGAAGUGCGCGGUCAUAUUCCACCACGGCCAGCACCAUUGCACCCUCUGUGGUGACGGACCGGGUGAAAGGAGGUAUCCGACAGCAGGAAAAGAAGGAUCAAAAGAAGCGCGCCGUUCCAAAGGGAGAGGCUAGUGCUGUUCGGCGAAUGCGGAAAGAUAACAACUGCAUUGUCAAGGAGUACCGAGGGUGGGACUUUUGAAUUAGGUAAGUCAAGUUUAGUUCUAUAUUGUUUAUAAUUAUAUAUUACGUAUAGAAUAA